AUGACUAAAGGGACACCAAUAGGCAUGGAAAAUGAGUAAUUGCUCUUUAUAUGGGAUGAGCAAUUGGGAAACUUCGAACCAGAAGUAACACUAACAUUUGAUUUACCUCCUGGUACUAUAGAGGUAUUUUGUGAGGACAUUUUGAAGCCUACAAAAAUCAAAGGGGCUUUCUUUAUCUCCUAAUUACCAUUAGAGGAAAGGAUUGAUUUCUAUAUCAAAUCCUCAAAUAAUACUUUGAUCUAUUCGAAGGAAAAGGUUAUUGAAGGAAUAUUUAAUAUUGAUAUUUUGGAAAAGGGAGAAUACAAAUUUAUCUUCUAGAAUAAAAGAACCAAAGGCACUCAAACAAUUAUAUUCACUCUUGAUGUACAUGAUUCAGAAUAGGAAAUUAUGAAAAUUGAAGACUUAGACCCCUUAGAGUAAAGAAUAGAAAGAAUAUCAAUGGCGAUGAGAGAUAAUUAUUAUUUUGAUAAAAUAACUGGAUAAAUAUUUGAAGGCAAUUUAAGCCAAAUACAGAAAUCAAAUGAAGAAUUAUUAAUGUUUAGUAUUAUAGAGAGUGUGGGAGUGGUCUUGAUUACAAUUUGGUAAGUGUACUACAUAAAGAGAAUGGCUGGCAAUCAAAGAUUAUUUUGA